AAUUUGAUUUGAUUUUGUCAAGAUUUUAUUUGAUUUUGAUUUUUUUUUUGUGAAAAUGAAACCUAUUCCGGAAGAUCUUAAAAACAAGCUGUGGGCUUGCCGUCGAAAUAUCACCAUGUUGCCAACCAGACUUUGGAAUAAAGAUCGUACACUGUUGUUGAAGAAUGAAUUAAUGAAUUUUCAUGAUCAAUUGGUCGAAUUAUUAGAUCCUGAUGAAGAUGUUCCAGAUGAUCUAUUGAAGAUAAUGACUUUAUAUUCUGAUCGUAUUAAUGAUUAUUUGAAACGAUUCGAUUCACCGGAAGUUAAUAAUAGAUCUGAAAUGAAUAAUGAUGUGGUUCAACAAAUGGAACAGCUAUCUUUGAAUUCUUCGAUCACCAAAAUAAAAGUUGAUCAAUUACCGACGUUUGAUGGCAAAUUUUCAAAUUGGAAGGCUUACAAAGGUAUGAUUGAAAAUUUGCUAAUAAAUAAUAUUGCAUUGAAUGAAGAUUUAAAAAAAUCGAUGUUAUUGAAAACAAUGACAAAUGAACCGGCCCGUAUUGUUAGUAUUUUGAUUGGUCAACAAAUGUCAUUGCCGGAUAUUUGGAAUAAAGUAUGUGAAAAAUUCGAUGAUCAUCAAAAAGCGAUUUUAGAAAUUAAAAAUGAAUUGAAUUUAAUUCCCCGAAUUGAUAACGAAAAUCAAACAUUGAACUUGAAGAAAGCGAAAGACAUUGUUGAAAGUGCUGAUUUAGCGGUAAAGGGUUUGGAUCUUGAUACAUCUUUUUAUACGGCGAAUUUAGUCCAAGCUGUCGCAAAUAAAUUUUACUAUCGUGCGAAACGUAAAAUGUUGGUUAAAGUUAAAAAGUUUGAAGAUUUAGUCAAAUUUAUCGAUGAAUUGUACGAAGAUGCUGUCCGAUAUGAUUAUAACAAAAUUGAAGAUUCUGAUGCGUCUGGUAAGAAAAGAGAAGAAUUUCCCCGUAAAACUUCUACAGCUGCUAUUGCCACCAGAUUUUGUUAUAUAUGUGGCAAUAGUCACCAGAGCACGUUUUCAUGUUUCGAUAAAAAAGAUCCGAAAUUUAUUGUUGAUGUUAUUCGAUCUAAAGGAUUAUGUAUUAAGUGUCUUCAACGUGGACAUCUUAGUAAGGAUUGUACUGUUUUCUUGGAAGAUAAAUGCAAAAAGUGUGAUAAUUAUCACGCAACCGAAAUGCAUGACGUAUUGAAUGAAUUGUUUCAUACGAAACCCAAAGAAAUUGCUAGAAACGAUAUUUCAUCAUCAUCGGAAUCUUCAUCAUCAGAAUUAUUGAAUAGUGAUUCAUCGGAUAGAGGUUCAGUAGCCGCUAUCACUUAUCGAAAUUUGUCUAAUGUAUUUGAUGCCAAAAGAAAUGGUAAUUUUGAAAAUCGUCCAGUGAUUUAUGGAAAAUGCAAUGGAAAAGAUAGUGUCAUAUUGUUGGACAGUGGAUCUAAUAUUUCUGUGAUUGAUCAUGAUUUGUUAUUAGAUGAUCAGGAUAAUCCGGAUAAAAACUAUUCGAUAUUGGCAACAUCGCCGCUGGGAGAAGCCAAAACCAGUCAUAAGAAAGUGGUUUUGAAGAUUCGAGGCAAUCCCUAUGAAAUUUCAAUUGAUUUGUUCGCAAUGAAAAUGUAUGAAAAAAAUUUAAUCAUUAUUGGUACUGAUAAUUUAGGAUUCUUUUAUAAGAAUCAACCGAAAGUGCUAUCAAUCCCCACGAUUUUUGGUGUCAUCAGUUACCAGGCACGAAAGGAUUGUAGCUCAAUCGAAAUGAAUAAACCAGCUGCUCUUGAAAAUGUUUUCGAAAUUGAUGAAUUUAAGAAUGAACAAUCAUCUACACCUGUAGAGGAGUUGCUGAAACCGGAAUUGAAAAAAGAUCUGAAUUUCGACAAUGAUGAUUUGAAUAACGAUAGAGAUGAAGAUGAUAAUAUUCAGAUCAAGCGACGAAUUGAUCAAGUGAUUGGUCGUUUUGAAACUCAAUUAUCGAUUUUAUCCGAUCAACGUCCGAAGAACAACUUUGAUAAAGUAUCUAUUGUUGAAUCAAGACUUCUUGCUCCAUAUGAAUUGGGCAAUGUGUUGUACCGAAUUCGCGAUGUUUUUUCUUCCCGUGAUGCAAUGCGUUUUGAUUCGAUGUUUAAUGUACAACGUUUUGGCUCGUUUUCUUCUAUCAAGAAUCUCGAAUUAGCUGAUCGUGUUGAUGACUUGAAAAAAUUGAAUUAUUAUUUGAUGAUUUUUGUGGAUAAGUUAUUUCCUCUAGGUAAUACAUCAAUGAAAAGUUGGAAUUUGAUCUACCGAUUUUAUCGUAACCGAAAGAAAAUGAUUUACGAUAAUGAAAUUUUUAGCAAAUUGGAUAACCGAAAAUUUGAAUGGAUAUUUUUUCCACCUGGUGCAUUCGUAAUUGCAUACGGACGACAACAACCGACAAACGUUGAUGUUUUGGAAACAAAUGGAAUUUGGCCGAUUCGUUUGAAAGUUUUUCGAUUUAAAUUUAAAAGAACUGGUAUUCAUGAUUUAGUGUCUUACGAUCGUAUUUUCAGAUGUAAUUUAUGGCUAAUCGUUUUAUUAGAUGACAACGAACUGAUAUUCCCUUUCCGCGCCGGGAGUGUCAUGAAGCAAAAACAUUCUAAAAUCAAGUUCGAUGUUCCGAACUUAAAUCUUUGUUCUAUUCGAACUUUUGUGCUAUUCGAACUUUUGUUCUUAAUUGUUCUAAAAUAUUUUUAAGUCAUUCGGUGUUUAGAAGCGA